UAUAUGAUUUUGAAGGAUUUCUUUCUUGCUUGCAGCAUACUCACAUAUGUGACAUUUAUGUUCUCUUUUAUUCAAAUGGACAGCAUCUAAAUGAAUUUGAAGGAUUUCUUUCCUGCUUGCAGCAUACUCACAUAAAUGACAUUUAUGUUCUCUUUCAUUCAAAUGGACAGCAUCUAUAUGAAUUUGAAGGAUUUCUUUCCUGCUUGCAGCAUACUCACAUAAGUGACAUUUAUGUUCUCUUUUAUUCAAAUGGACAGCAUCUAUAUGAUUUUGAAGAAUUUCUUUCUUGCUUGCAGCAUACUCACAUAUGUGACAUUUAUGUUCUCUUUUAUUCAAAUGGACAGCAUCUAUAUGAUUUUGAAGGAUUUCUUUCUUGCUUGCAGCAUACUCACAUAAGUGACAUUUAUGUUCUCUUUUAUUCAAAUGGACAGCAUCUAUAUGAAUUUGAAGGAUUUCUUUCCUGCUUGCACAUACUCACAUAAAUGACAUUUAUGUUCUCUUUUAUUCAAAUGUACAGCAUCUUUAUGAAUUUGAAGGAUUUCUUUCCUGCUUGCAGCAUACUCACAUAAGUGACAUUUAUGUUCUCUUUUAUUCAAAUGAACAGCAUCUAUAUGAAUUUGAAGGAUUUCUUUCCUGCUUGCAACAUACUCACAUAAAUGACAUUUAUGUUCUCUUAUAUUCAAACGGAUAGCAUCUAUAUACCCUUCGUUAUUGUUUUUAUGGUUGAAAGCAAAUUCGCCUGUUUCAUAUUUGAAAGACGAUCUUAUUUCAUUCUCAUAAGUGUAAUGCUGAUCAAUGUCCAUGAUUUCAGUCUUCUCAUCCUCAAUAUCCUCCCCAUCAGUCGUGUACUGAAAACAUCUAUGUUGGAGCAGUGAAGUGGUUAAGGAAGGAAUUUCACGAGAAUGUUUGAUGAAUUUUUUGUUUCGUUUCAAGUUGUAGUUUUUUUCUUAAUUAUUUUAUGAUUGGGAAUUUUUGUUAUAUUUAUGUAGUGGGGGAAAUUAACAUAUCACCUCAAUAAUAAGGAUUUUUUUUUAGAGGGAUGAAGUUUAGAUAAGUCGAUUUAACUUUUUCUUUUUUUGAUAUGUUGGAGAAUUGCUUAUGCGUUGGAUUGCUUAUUGCAUUAUUGCAUAAUACUUAUUGAAUAUAUGUGUUUGGGAGAUGAUGAACUAUUGGACAGAAAACAAGGAUAAUAAAGGAAAAGUUAUGGCAACCGAUGUCAUCAUUUUUUCAAAGAGGGAUGUAUCUGUAAUGAUCGGGAAUAUUAAAUUCUCGAUUAUUGGGUCUGGACGUCACCAACGUACAAUAGGUAGACUAUUGUAGUAUAAAACUACCAUAGAGUAAGUAUAUAUAGAGGGGAAACUGAGGUACUAAACUCUGAAACAGUAAUUUAGUUCCACCAACACCUUCCAGAGACCGCUCGCAUCGCUGAUUUUCUGUCUACCUCGAGAAAUAUUUACUUAAACUAGUUCUUUUUGAGUUGAUCCGUCUAACGUGGUGUACCUUAAUUUUUGAUCAGAGAUUUAAUAUGUCGCAGCUAACUUUGAAAACCAACAAAUGUUGUGUUCCUAACUGUGGAGAUAUGUAUAGUAAACGUCAUCGUUUUCCGAAUCCAGAGAAGGAGCCAACAAUUUUUAAACUUUGGCUCGAAAAAGUUAGCAAUCCAUUGCUAAACUCCAGAACACCUCAACAAAUCCGCAAGACUCAUCUGGUUUGUGAUAGGCAUUUUAAGGAUGAAGUGAAAGUGAAUUCCCUUAAAGGAAUUUGGGCAACUGCUAUCCCUGAAUUAUUUCUUCCUGAAUCUUCAAAUCAAGGGGAAGACAGAGAAGUUGAUGAAAUUGAAGGAAUGCAACUCCAAAGUGAUGCUGAGAGGGAAGUAUCAACAGAGGAGAACAGAGAAGAACAGUUGGAGAAUUUUAAGCAGCCUCAGAAAACUUCAGUGAUAAACAGAAAGAGAUAUCGAGGACAACAAUAAAUUGCCACCAAAAGCUGUGGACACGGCAGAGCUGAUCCUUUUCAUGGAUAAGCUCUUCGAUAGCAUGAAUACCAGCAAGAGGUUGGCUCCAAGCGGCAAACCAUUGCAA